UUCUACAUGCAUGCUGGCUGUAAAAGCGAGCGAAUGUCAUCGAGGUUAGGCCGAGUACAUUAAUCAGAAGGCAAGGAAACAAUGGGGAAUCAAACAACUCGCGGUGACAAAGCAUCCAGAAAGAAACCGAAUUUAAUUACGACUACUAAAGAAGCUAAAACUUCCAACUCGGCGGUAGAAGGGUCGCCAACGGAUUCUGGUUAUGUUGCUCAAUCGCAGUUUCUUCCCAUCAAAAUGUUGACAGAAAUCCUUACGAACCGUGCACGUCAGGAGGAGUCCAUAAAUGGAGUGUCAAGUACGGUGUUCAAGCGAUACCUCUUUCCUCGGUAUCCUGAUUUUUCUAAUAAAUUGUUUAAACACCUCCAUCGAUCCUCUGAUGUAACGCCAAAUUUCAUGGAUCCAAGCGAAUUCCAGCAUCAAGUGGAAAGAUUCUUACAGAUUAUGAAUGACCGAGUCAUUCUGAAUAAUUAUGUGAGGAUCUUUUCAGUAAGGAUGAAGGAUUCAACAACUCCGGAAGAUGUGAAUGAGUUAUUAAUGACCUCAUAUCAGUUGGUUGUGGAUACCGGUGGGAUGCACGGCUGCUCAAGCAUACAACGAAUUGUCGAUGCUGUUCUUGCAUCCUGUUUUGAAGGUGCAGCUAGUUUUCCCGUUAAUCAUGUAUGCGAUUGGUUAUGGGAGCACUCUCCGCGAAUAAUUCAAGGACUUCAUCGUUAUGUUGUACACGUUUUGGCAACAGCAUAUAGAAGUGGAGAUGAACUUUUAUCCAGAGAGGUACCUUCUACUCCAGAAACGACUGUUUCCUUCGAGGAAUUACUGGAAUACAGGGAAGAACCAUGGACAUCUCUACCCAUUAGCCAUGUGUGGCUCUUAUCAACAAGUUUACCUGCAUGUUUUAUACAGAAUACCAAUCCCCCAUCGGAAGACGAACAACAUCUAAGUAGUAAACUUUUACGAAACCUUUGCCCUCGUCAUUGGGUAUUAUUGUAUAACAGUGGACAGCAUGGCUCAGGAGCGAACCGUUUCCUUCAUCACGUCCUAGGAUACAAGAGUCCUACGUUACUUUUUAUAAGAUGUAAAAGCUUGGACGAAAAAGAAUCCUUACUAUUUUGUAUAUGCUCUGCUGUUGAAUGGCGAGAAUCCCAGUUGUAUUGGGGUGACGAAAGUUCCAUGAUCAUUAAGAUUCUACCGAACUACCAGAUCCUGGAGAAAGGAUCGAAACUAUUGUACUUAAACACCAGUAUCAGAGGCUAUCCAAAAGGGUUGCGUGCUGGAACUGAUUAUCGCAAUCCAUGCGUUAGCAUCGAUGAGUCCUUUCACUUAGUUACCUUUCAAACCGUCCAGUAUUCUUUGCUUGAGCUGGAAGUGUGGGGGUGUGGAGAUAGUAAAUCACGGGAACAUCAAUUGGAUGUAAAAAAGUGGCAGGUAAAAGAAGCCGAGAAGCAGAGAAUCGUGAAGAUGAGUGCUUCCGACUGGUUGGAUCAUCCCGAUCGAUAUCUGCUUGAGCUGGCUGGAAGGUCGUCAUAUACCACUAAUAAUAACUGACCUCAAGUGAAACUGCGUUACUUGUUGCCCACAAGUUUGUGCUGUAUAUAUAUACACAUAUGUACACGUGCCUAAUUAUUGUGAUGUAUUUUAAGUAGGGAGAUUAUACGCCUUUUGCGAAA